AUGGUCGUAAAGGUCAAACCGCCGCAUCCACGCUUCCGUCUUGAUCUGCAACGGGAACCAACCCGUGCCGAUGCACAACCAUCUGCCAUCGACGAUGACGAACAGGUCCCAGCACCCCGGGUAAAAUGUAAGCUGCUCCCACCAACCUUAUUCGCUCUCUAG